GGUCGGUUCCGGGUACGCGCGCGGCCCCGGCGAUGGCGGCGGUGCGGCUGUGGCAGCUGUGGCUGCAGGGCCUGGCGCUGGUGUGGGGCCGCGCCGGGAUGGGGUUGGCGCACCUCGCCGCCACGGCUCCGCCGCCGCAGGCAUGCUCAGAGUUUUCCCAGAGAUCCUGCGAAGAAUGUCUAAAAAAUGUUUCGUGCCUUUGGUGUUACACCAACAACACUUGUGUUGAUUACCCUGUAAGAAGCAUUCUUCCACCAUCUUCGUUAUGUUCACUCUCAAAUGCUCGAUGGGGAGUUUGCUGGAUAAACUUUGAGGCUUUAAUUAUUGCCAUAGCUGUAGUAGCUGGACUCAUUCUGGUGUCCAUAGCAGUCUGUUGCUGUUACUGCUGUUACCGCAGAAGACAUUCCAGGAGACCAGACGAAGAAGAAGAACGGCUAGCUAGAAAGAGAGAGGAACGAAGACUACAGUCUCUUCAGAGGAAACAUGAAAGAAAAAUGAAGCAUGAUGAAAUACGUAAGAAGUAUGGUCUUCUCCAGGAUUCUGAUAAUCCAUACAGCAGAUUUGAAAAUGAAUAAAUCCAAGCACCUGCCACUAGAGCUGUAAUUCCAGAAUAUGGGAAAAUAGUUUGUCUUCAUUUGCCUUUUGCUCUUUCUUUCCCAAAGGUUUUUUUUUCCUGGUUGUAAAACUAGGAGUGUUAUAUAAAGACUUCAUGAAAUAGAUGUUUCUAUCUUCUUCUACCUAUAUAGAACUAAUUUUUUUUUAUAAAUGCUUUUUUGGUUGUUGAAAUGUCAGCUGAUUUAUUUUUUUUUUAUGGUGACAUUUAAGUGUGAGGUAGUAUCUUUCCUCCUCUUAGUACUGUGUUUUGUUACCUGAUGUAGAUGGCAAGUCACAAUCAUGUGUUUGAAUUCAGUCUUAACUGCCACUUAAACAGUUAUUCCCAUGUUCCUGAAUAAAGAUUUUUUUUUUCUACUGUAUUUUUUUUAUAAAAAUAGAAGGCAACAUGGAAGCACAGCUUCACACAGCUGAAGUAACUGAUGUUGGUAUCAAUGAGAAAUUACACCAGGCACAUUCUUAUGUACUACCAUAAUGUGAGAAUUGGGUGAUAAAAAGAUCUUCAAGAGUAUAAUGCCUAAAGGUUGACAACAUCUUUGAAUAAUUCAGCUCAGCUGUGGAAAUGUUAAUAUGUUUCAGAUAUAUCACUGAUGUCAGAAAGAAAUUACUUCAGUUAUCAAAAUUGGAAGAAGGUCAUUUUUGAAAUAAAUGUAGUUAGUGUGCCUAAACUUAAGAAGAAAUAUCAGCCUGUGUGAACACUUAUUAACAAAAAAAGACCCCGAAAUAAAACACCAAAAAACCAUUGCCCAGAUUCUGCAGUUUACCAGGAUUCACCCUGGCAAGCCCACCCAACUGCUUGCCUCCCUCUCUGCCUACACUGGGAUCAUGGGGAGAAUGGGAACAGCAAUAGCAAGAAAACUCUUGAGCUGAGAUAAAGACAACUUAGUAAGGGAAGAAAAGGAGGGUAGGGGAAGCAACUCAUGCUGUGGCAAUCAUCACCUCCUGGAAGUAGACUUCUGCCUCCCCUACCCUCAGUUCUUGUUGCUGAGCAUGAUCUUGUAUCUUCAGUCAGUUCUGGCCAGUUGUCCUACUGUGUCCCCUCCCAGCCUCUUGCCCACCCCCUGCCCGCUUGCUGGAGCGGGCAGAGUGGGGGGAAAUGAAAUGUUGAUGCUGUGCAAGCAACAUUCAGCAAAAGCCAAAGCACUGGUGUUACCAGCACUGUUCUAGCCACAAACCCAAAGAAAAGCACCUUAUGGGCUGCCAUGAAGAAAGUUACCUAUGUGCCAGCCAGACCCAGUACAGUAAGAAAGCAGUAUUUUUUAACCUCUUAUUGUUCUUUUGAUAUUUCCAUAAUGUGAUUUAUUUCCUUUCUUUUCGUAGAGGUGUUUCAUUGAGCAUUUUCACUAGCUUACCAGUAUGAUGCAACAAGCAAAGAGCUCUUCUUCCCCCACCCCCUCAAUACAAGUUCCAGUUUAUUAUGUACAGUUUAAAUAACCUUCCUUGCUGUGUAUUAUCCAUUAAACAAAUGUACAGUAUUGAAGAUGUUCAUGUUAUUUUUAUCAAUGUUCCCGAAAUAAACACUUUAAUAUCUUUAA